GCUAACUAUACCGAAUACACCGAAAUCAAGAUUUAAACCAGGUUGAAAUCGCUCAUUAAGAGGUCAGUUCCCGUAGAAUGGGCGAAGUAGUUGAAAUGGCAUUUGAGCUGGUUAACCCCCCUUUUUCUUUAUUUUCUUGUGGCUAUGGCUAGCAUUUAUCGUCAAGUUCCACUCAGUUCUCCUAAUAGCAUCAGGCUCUUGAAAUUAUUUCCUGCGUCUUCGAUCAAGGCACCCGUGAAUUUUGAAUUACUAGAAGCUACGCUUGAUCAAUGCCCCCCUUUUAAGGCCAUAUCCUAUUCUUGGGACGGACAGCGACCUACGGAAAAAGCAUUUUGCCUAGGAGAGUCCAUUCUCGUCACUCUAAAUUGCAACAAUAUACUUCGAUACUUAGCUACAACUAAUAGCAAGCCUUCGUUAGUAUGGAUCGAUGCCAUCUGUAUCAACCAGUCCCCAGCGGCGGUAAUCGAACGCAACCAACAAGUGAGCAUAAUGGGAGACAUCUAUACCGCCGCUGAUGAGGUCGUCGUGUGGCUCGGGUCUACGAUAAAGCCGUCCUGGGAGAGUACAUUUAAGGACCUUUCCAGGUUCGCCGAUGCAUGUCUUGGUUCCAGGAGCGAAAAAUACUCGGAUAAACUCCUUGUAUUAGCUAGCAAGAUAGAUACCAGGACCCUCAACGAUAUGUUCUGGGGAGUGACAUGGUUUAGUCGCGUCUGGGUAGUCCAAGAAGUUGCUCUGAGCCGGAAAGCAACCUUCAUAUAUGGCCAAGCUUUACUAGUUUACUUCAACCUGAUAAAGUCCUGGUCAGACUUAUACAGCACGCACAAAAACGUUGGUCUUGUACAAAACCUACACCAGACCCUUUAUAACGGCUUCGGCACGCACAUCGUCUCUCUACAGGGUCCGAGGCGAGCAGUUGCCAUCACUGAAGAAUACGACAGCAUAGAAGAGCUCUUCCGCCAAGCAAGCAGGCUUCUAGCUACCGAGCCUCGAGAUAAAGUAUAUGGGCUUCGCGGAUUGCUGGUCAGUUACGGCAUCUCGCUCCCAGCAGCGGACUACCAGAAGCCUUUGGAAAUCAUAUACAUGGAGACCGUCAAAGCUUUAAUGGAUUUUACAGGCUCUCUAAAUCUAGAAAGUUGCUAUUACGUAUCGGACAGUUGGCCAUCCUGGGUCCCAAACUGGGCAACCUCGGUACCAUGUUCAACACCGAAGGGAGAUUAUCAUGCCGCUGGACAUUCAACCGCCAGCUUCAGCUUUGUCAAUCUCCCCGGUGGCUCCCAAGCACUGCAAGUUUCUGCCAUAAUCACCGGAGACGUCUCUUCAUCCCUUGGGACAUGUCUACUAGGCCGUUAUCGCACCGCGGAGGCUUUGAAAAACGACGAUAUAUUACUACGGAUCGAAGAAGAAAUAGCCCCAGACUGGAAAUACAAGCGAUUACAGAAAGGCGAUGGCAUUGAAAAUUUUCUCGCGGUUUAUAAUAUCCGCGUCUUACGACAAGCUCUCGAGUACAUGAAGAAAGCUUCUAACAGCCUAGACGAGUGGAAAAACGACCUGUAUGAAAUAGUCUCUAACCAGGCAUUAGUAGACGCAAAAUUAGACCUAAAUGAGUCCUUCCAUCAAUGGCUUGAACUCCUCACCACCCUACCAGCCAAGCCUCUACCAGCCUAUGAGCUAUCAAGUAUCGACGAAGCCCCUGAGAUGGAAGUAUACAACCGAAUCUCAGCAAACGACAACGUCUCCGAGCUACACGAGCUAUUCACCGCGUCUUCGUAUUAUUGGACCUUCUUCAGAACGGACUCAGGAGCAUUUGGAGCAGGUGCGCAUGCUAUCGCAGCCGGGGAUAAGGUUGCUAUUAUGGCUGGCGGGUGUGUUCCAAUGGUGAUCAGACACGUACACGGAGGCCAGUACCGGAUUAUAUCUCCUGUCUACAUUUGUGGCAUUAUGCAAGGUGAAGCUUGGCCGGUUAAUUUGAGUAGUCUGAAGGAUAUUGUUAUUGUUUAGGGAUAGGCAAGAAGAGAAAGGCUUGGGAAUAUGAACAUGAAUGAGACAUUGCAAGGAUAGACGGAUAUACGGUUUUACGGAUUGAGCCAUGAAUAUCUGGGAAUAUCGAUAUUCAAGUUCUAGUUAAUACGUCCCUAGGCCAUAUUAGCAAGUUAAGAAUAAUGGCCUUUUGGUUCAAUCCAUUGAUGUAAAUUUUUAUUCUUCAGGCUAAGA